UAUAUAGAACCCAAAAACACACAGCACUUCAGUUUGGGUCAAACCACCAUCUCCAAUUCAUCGCUACAUAACUCACUCUCAAGUCUCAAUCCCACUCCCACUCCCACUCCCACUCCGUUCUUCUUUCUCUUAACCGUAUCAUCAUUCAAUUCUCACACAGCUAAUUGUCACUAGAUUCGCUCGAAAUGCGGCAGAGGCGCGAAACAGCUUCAGCUGCAUCUAAAGGGUCAAGCAGUGGUGAAGCAAGUGAAAAGCCUAGUGAUGGUGUUGAAAUCCGCACAAAUGUUCGGCUCGGGAAUCCAAGGAGGUCUUCAUAUGUGUGGCUGGCUUUGUUAUUGAUAAUCACUUAUAGCUGUUCAUCCAUUUAUAAUUACCAGUUUCAGAACAUGCCUAUGCCUCUUACCUCAGAACAGGCUGGCAAAAGAGGUUUCUCAGAGAUUGAGGCAUUCAAGCAUGUCAAGGCCUUGACUGAGUUCGGCCCUCAUCCUGUUGGUUCUGAUGCUCUACAUAGCGCCCUGCAGUAUGUUUUGACAGCAUCUCAAACCAUCAAGAAAACAGCUCACUGGGAGGUGGAUGUUGAAGUGGAUCUUUUUCAUGCGAAGUCUGGUGCAAAUCGCCUGGUCAGUGGCUUAUUUAUGGGGAAAACACUUGUUUAUUCAGAUCUGAGUCAUGUCGUAGUAAGAAUCUUGCCAAAAUAUGUAUCUGAAGCAAGAGAGCAUUCUAUUCUGGUCUCUUCUCAUAUUGAUACUGUUUUUUCAACGGAAGGGGCUGGAGAUUGUAGUUCAUGUGUCGGUGUCAUGCUGGAACUUGCUCGUGGAAUUUCUCAGUGGGCUCAUGGAUUGAAGAGAGGUGUUAUAUUUUUAUUCAAUACUGGCGAGGAGGAGGGUCUCGAUGGUGCUCACAGCUUCAUAACCCAGCAUCCUUGGAGUAGUACUGUUCGUAUGGCAAUUGAUCUGGAGGCCAUGGGCAUUGGAGGGAAGUCCAGUAUUUUUCAGGCUGGUCCCAAUCCAUGGGCUAUUGAGAACUUUGCUUUGGCAGCGAAGUACCCAUCUGGCCAGACUAUUGCACAGGAUCUUUUUGCUUCAGGAGCCAUAAAAUCUGCGACAGAUUUCCAAGUAUACAAAGAAGUUGCUGGCCUUUCUGGGCUUGAUUUUGCAUAUGUAGAUAACACCGCCGUAUAUCAUACCAAGAAUGACAAAUUAGAGCUUCUGAAGAAAGGUUCUCUUCAACAUCUGGGGGAAAAUAUGCUUGCUUUCCUGCUUCAUAUUGGUGCAGCUGCCGACUUUCCAGUCGGCAAUGCAACAGAGUCAGAGGAUGAUAUAAGCAACAACAAUGCCAUCUAUUUUGACAUUUUGGGGACAUAUAUGGUUGUUUACCGUCAAAAGCUUGCAAAUAUGCUCCACAACUCGGUGAUAAUGCAAUCACUUCUAAUAUGGACUACAUCGUUGGUUAUGGGUGGUAAACCAGCUAUGGCUUCACUGGCCUUGUCGUGCUUGAGCGUUUUCCUGAUGAUGUUUUUUUCCCUAAGUUUCGUCUUCCUUGUUGCGUUUAUUCUCCCUUUGAUAUGUUCAUCACCUGUACCAUAUGUUUCAAGCCCAUGGUUGGUGAUUGGAUUAUUUGGUGCACCGGCUUUUCUUGGAGCAUUUACUGGUCAACAUUUCGGUUAUCUUCUACUCAAAAUUUAUCUUUUAAAUGUACACUCAAAGAGAAGGCAACUGCCAGUCAUUAUUCAAGCUGAUAUCGCUAAGUUGGAGGCCGAAAGAUGGCUCUAUAAAGCUGGAUCCUUUGUGUGGCUUAUUCUUCUCACUUUGGGAAACUACUUUAAAAUUGGGUCUUCCUACUUGGCUCUUGUUUGGUUAGUCUCUCCGACGUUUGCAUAUGGAUUUUUUGAAGCAACAUUAACCCCUGCCAGGUUACCGAAACCACUCAAGCUGGUAACCUUGCUCAUAGGAUUGGCCAUACCAAUUUUAUUUUCUGCUGGAACUUUUGUUCGGCUUGCUGCCACAGUUGUUGGGGGUAUGGUUCGCCUUGAUAGGAAUCCUGGUGGCACUCCUGAGUGGCUUGGAAAUUUUUUGAUUGGUGCAUUCAUUGCUGUUGUCUUGUGUCUGACAUUGGUGUAUCUCCUUUCAUAUGUCCAUCUAUCAGGUUUUGUUUACUAUCUAAUCCGAAACUUCCAAGUAUUGUUUGGUUUAUCACUUGCAAUUGUAUCCUCAGGUGUUGUUCCACCGUUUUCUGAAGACACUGCUAGAGCUGUGAAUGUUGUACAUGUUGUGGAUGCGACUGGAAGAAAACCUUAUGCAAGCCAGAAUCCUGAGUCAUAUGUAUCUUUAUUUUCUACUACUCCUGGAAAAUUGAACAAGGAGGCAGAACAGAUUGAUGAAGGUUUUGCAUGUGGGAGAGACCAAACAGUUGAUUUUGUAACCUUCUUGGUCAAAUAUGGUUGUCGGACCAAUAACGAUGCUUCAAGCGGCUGGAAUGAAUCAGAUAUUCCUACAAUGAAUGUCGAAAGUGAUACGAAAGGAAAUCGAAGAACUUCACGAGUUUCAAUUAAUACAAAGGGUUCCGUCCGGUGGGUUCUUGCGAUCAACACCAACGAAAUAGAAGAUUUCGAAUUAAAAGAUGCAGAGAAUUCAGAAGAAUUGGUUUCAGUUGACGAAAAGACUAAUGUGGAUGGUUGGCACAUUAUUCAGUUUUCCGGAGGAAAGAAUGCGCCAACAAUAUUCGAUCUGAAUCUUUAUUGGAGAUCGGAUUCGACUCAGACAACUCAUGAAACUGACAGUCCUCUGCUGAAACUCAGGACUGAUGUUGACAGAAUAACGCCAAUAACCGAACGAGUUCUUUCGAAGCUUCCGCGAUGGUGUUCUUUAUUUGGAAAGUCUACCUCUCCCCAUACCUUGGCUUUCUUGAAAGAUCUCCCUGUUCAGUUUUAGGUGCUUGAAAUGUAUCCUUGAUUUCUGGUUACUAUAGCCCAAAGUGAGACAUGUUAGAAUCUUCAAUUUUCCACUCAUAUUAUGGGGGUUCUAACUUCUAAUCUAUUCUUUCAAGACCAUUUUUUGUUCUGCUACUUGUAAAAAUGAAAUUAGAUUUAAUUGUUGAUGAA